UGUAAAUACUUAAAUAUAACUCUAUUUUGUUAUUUCUCUGAAUAUCUUGUGUAAAAUACUGAAUUGUAAUUAGAAUUUUACUCUUAGUGAUUAAAAACAGCUUAACGAGUUCAAUUAAUUAAGCUUAUCUUAAGUAAUAAAAAAAAAACUAUUAGAAUGACUUGUAUAAGACAAGAUGGUAAAUUUAGUUUGGGAGAACAUACACUAUCAGUGCCUAUGGAAUUGUAUAAACUUAAUCAAGAAAGGCUUUGUAAAAGGCUACAAGAAUUAGUAGUCGAUAAUGCUUAUGUACUGUUGCAAGGUGGAUCAAAUACAUCCCAUUAUUGUACUGAUGUAGAUUAUGUUUUUAGACAGGAAUCUUAUUUCCAUUGGACUUUUGGGGUUAGUGAACCUGAUUGCUAUGGUCUAAUACAUGUAUCCAGCGGAAAAGCGCAUUUAUUUUUCCCAAGAAUUGAUGAAGCACAUUUUGUAUGGUUGGGAAAGCCCUUGAGCUUAAACGAAUACAAAUGUCUGUAUAAAGUCGAAAAUACAUCGUACACGGACAUGCUUGGCGAAAUAUUGGAUUCAUUAAAACCAUCGCUUUUAUUGACUCUGCAUGGAAAAAAUACAGACAGUGAAAGAAUGUGUAAAGAAGCACAUUUUCCUGGAAUAGAUAGAUUCACACUGGACAAUACAAUUUUACAUAAGAUCAUUGCAGAUUGUCGUGUCAUCAAAACGGAUUACGAAAAAGAAGUUAUGAGGUAUGCGACAAAAGUUUCUUGUAAUGCCCACAAGUCGGUCAUGACGAAAUGUAAACCGGGCAUGUAUGAGUACCAGUGCGAAGCUAACUUCUUGCACUAUGCUUAUUACGUAGGUGGAUGCAGGCAUGUGGGCUAUAACAACAUAUGCUGUUCGGGUAUGAAAGGUGCCGUUUUGCAUUACGGCCAUGCCACCGAACCCAACUCUAAGAAAAUUCUUGAUGGUGACAUGUGCCUUUUCGACAUGGGAGCGACGUACAGCGGGUAUACAGCCGACGUGACCGUUUCAUUUCCCGCUAAUGGAAAAUUCACCAAAGAUCAACGAGCGAUUUACAAUGCUGUACUAGCUGCUAGCCAUGCUGUAAUGAAUGCAAUAAAACCAGGUGUAUCUUGGGUAGACAUGCAUGUAUUGGCGAAUAAAGUAGUUUUGAAAAAAUUAUGUGAAAUCAAUUUACUACUUGGCGAUGUUAAUGAAAUGUACGAAGCUGGUCUUGCAGCCGUAUUUCAACCACAUGGGUUAGGCCAUCUUCUUGGUAUCGAUGUGCACGAUGUUGGCGGUUACUUGGAAGGAUUUCCAGAUAGACCACAAAAACCUGGUGUCAAAGCUCUUAGAACAGCAAGGAACUUGGAAGUCGGUAUGGCGCUUACUAUAGAACCAGGAUGUUAUUUUAUUGAACCGGUGUUGAAACAGGCUCUCAAUGACCCAAAACUAUCCAUAUUUAUAAAUGAAGAAGUUCUCAACAGGUUUUGGAAUUUUGGUGGUGUGCGCAUUGAAGACAACAUUUUUGUUACAGAAAAUGGAAUUGAAAAUUAUACUCCGGUCCCGAGAACUGUCGAGGAAAUCGAAGAGUGGAUGAGCAAAAAAAACACCGUCGCUUAAGUUACAUAACAAGCGAUGAGAUGCUUAUUCAAUAUACUUCAAUCAAAUUUAUUAUAAAAUGCUGACAACAUUUGUUUAUUUUAAACAGAUUAAAAUCUUAAUGUUGUAUUAUUAA